AUAAAAAUGCAAGUUUAAAUUGGCGCGGUUCUCGUGUAAUUUUAAUCCAGAAAUCUAUCUUUAUUUAAAAAGAUAAACAGAUGGCGUUAAAGUUCGCCCAUGCUUUUUAAAGAGCAUCCUACAUAUGUGAUUGCAUGGUUAGAAUUUUGAGAAAAAUAUGUAAAAACAUUUAACGUUUGUUAAGUACGUGAAUAAAUCGUCUACGUUUUGUAUACAAAAUAUAUUUUUACUAAAUAUUUGCAUGUUCAAGUUAAAUGAUCUAAACAGAAAACCUAACCUUUGUUAGAAAAGAAUUAUUAAUGAUUUUAAGGUUAAUCAUAAUUUUUUCUUAGAAGAUGAAGAAAGGAUUCAAUGAUAAUUUCACCACUGGUGAAACCACCACUGGCGUUAGACAGAAGUGGUACGAGGAAUAUCAGAAGGCGGAAAGACCUUGCAAGCACUCCAAAUCCGAGGCCGACGUUCUGCAUUUAAGGGAUGAGGGGAAGAAGUAUCUGGACGCGGAGACCGCCGCCUUUCAGUCGAAGCAAUCCAGAUCGCACGACUCGGAGACAAAGUGGUUGAAAACGGCACUGCAACGGGGCACCACCUCGGAUAAGGUAGCAGCCAGUAUAGUGCUGGUGCAGGAUAAUCCGAAAUGUAAUCUCGGUCGUCUGGUGUCCCUGGUAUCCCAGGUGCGGGGCGCCAAGCACAAUCAAUGUGGCAUGAUUAUCGCGUCGUUGAAAGAACUCUUCCUGACCGAUCUGUUGCACCCUGAAUUCAAAUUAUUGAAAUUAGAAGAACAGGAUUUGGACAGGCUCGAUGCGGAGAAUGGAUCGGAUUCCAUCGUUAGGACGAACGCCGCUAGGAAUAGAUUGUUGGCGCACUGGUACUUUGAGGAUCAACUGCGCGAGCAGUACGAACGUUUUGUUCUGAAUUUGUCCUCGGUGGCCUCUGAUACGGUAGAUACAAAUCGUGAGAAAGCGAUAUCGGCGAUGGCCGAUCUGUUGGUGGGUAACGCCGAGCAGGAGCACAAGUUGCUGGAGCUACUUGUGAAUAAAAUUGGUGAUCCGAGCAGUAAGGUCGGCUCCAAGGCUGUAUUUUGUAUCAAUAAAUUAUUGCAUGAGCAUCCAAAUAUGAAGCUCGUAGUCUUGCGCGAAAUUGAGAAAUUGCUAUUUAGAAAAAACGUGAGCCAGCGUACUCAGUAUUACGCUAUAUGUCUGUUAGCGCAAUACGUCUUGGAUAGAAACGACGAAGGAGCAGCUGCUACACUGAUAGAAGUGUACUUUGCAUUUUUCAAAGCGUGCUUGAAGAAAGGGGAACCCGACAGUAGAAUGAUGGCAGCAAUUCUAAUGGGCGUCAAUAGAGCGUAUCCUUUUGCCAAAAUAGACUCGAAGAUAUUAAAUGAACACAUUGAUUCCAUCUACAAAGUGGUACACCUUGGGUCGUUUAAUGUCUCUCUCAAUGCACUCAGCUUGUUACAUCAAAUAACAGGCAAAGAUGAGUCUCAGGCGAACCGAUUUUAUUCGGCCUUUUACAAGAAGCUGUUAGAUCGGCAAAUAGGAGUAGCGAAUAAACAUGCGGUGUUUCUUAACUUGUUAUAUCGAGUUCUUCAGAGAGAUCAAAGCAUACUACGUUUGUACGCUUUUAUCAAAAGAAUCUUGCAAAUUAUACUCUAUUUUUCACCGAAUAUGGCAUGUGCCAUGUUAUACAUUGUCUCCAAAAUUCUUCAAGGACGCAAAGAUCUAAAACAUAUGUUUCUCGAAUCACAUAAAGCUAUUAAAGUCGAAAAUGACGUGUGUGAAGUAAACGAUAUCUCAUCGGAUACGGAAGACGUUAGUGUAGUAGAAAAUGAAGACUCCAUUAUGAUAUCGAAUAUCACGAUUGGCGCAGAUGCCGAAACAAAGCCUGAUGUGAAAAAAGAGAUCGAUGUAAAAGUUGAGAUGCAAGAUACAAAGUCUUAUGAUCCUUUUUGCCGAAAUCCUUUGUAUGCGGGUGCAACAAAAGGGCUCAACGCUGAGCUUGAAGCAUUGUCUAGGCAUUUCCAUCCGAGCGUCGCUUUAUUCGCGAAUCAGAUCAUUCAAGGAAAAUCCAUCGAGUACACAGGCGAUCCUUUGGAGGAUCUGACAUUAAUUCGAUUUUUGGAUCGGUACGUCUUUAAGAAUCCGAAAAAGUUGGAGGACAAGAGGGUGCAGAAAAAGAACGAUCCCUUGGCGCAACGCGCCGGAUACACACCUAAGGGUAUACGGGCCCUUCCGGUCGAUAGCGCAGCGUAUCUCGACGAAAGGGAGGAGCGAAUACCGGUAGACGAGUUAUUUUUAUAUCGAUAUUUGAAGCAGAAGGACGAGGUCAAGAAGCGUGACAAGAAAGAAGACGAUGACGAAGAUGAUGAAGAUGCAAACAGCGUUAACAGCGAAGAGUUCAAUGACAUGUUGGAUCGUAUGGGCGCUGCCCAAGAUUUCGACGAUUUAGAUAUCGCGGCGGAUAUUCUACCUAGGAAGAAGAAAGGUAAAGCAAAUGAAGAUUCUGACGAUGAGGACGAGGAUAACGAAGAUAACAUCAGUCAAUCCGAUGACGAUAUGAAUGAUGCAUCCGAAGAUCUUGAUGAAGAUGUCGCGGAUGAAGAUGACGACUUGCAAGAUCUGAGCGAUAUCGAUCUUACAGACAUAGAUGAUGAAAAUCUGAGCGAUAUGGAGUUUAACGGUUCCGAGGACGACGAGACUGUAGACGACGAAUUAAUUUCGAGUUUGAAUAAAAAGCUGAAUGCGAAGGUUCCGAGAAACAAGGAAAAGAAAAAAGGGAUCGAUAGCAGUAUAUUCGUAUCGGCAGAAAAAUUCGCUGAGAUGUUGGAGGAAGAAAAUAAAACGAGGGGAAAGCAUGGUGGUAGUAACGUUUUUAGCAGUAGUGACGGUGCUAGCGCUAAGCAGAUAGAUUGGGAAAUAAAACGGCAUCAACGGAUGAAAGGAUCAUUUGGGAAGAAGCGAAAGUUCGUUCAAUCGUCUAACAAUAAUCGGGUUAAAAAAUUCAAACGAUGAAUAUGUGAUAAACGCAUUUCAUAGACAAUUUUACAUUUCAUUACAAUGUCAACUUUUCUUUCCAAUGUCUAUUUUAAUUUGAAGGAAAUACUAUAAACAAUAUGAAAUAAAACGUAUAAUAAAUGUUAUUAGUAUUUAUAUAAAAGCACUUGUCUUCUCGUGAAAUUUAGGAUAUGUCCGCCAUUACAAAUACAUUUCGCUUAUACAUUCGUUAUUGCGAUUAACAAUUUAUUUUUAACACAUUUCUCUCAUUAAUGUGAAUUUUGUUUUUGGUACAAGGUGAUUUAGGUUAAUGCAAUGCAAUGUUUUAAAUGUGAAUAAGAAAAAUAUCAAAUUAAUUUUACAUGUUUAAUAGAUAAAUUAAUAUAAGCAAAUAAUAUCAAACAUAAUUGAUUUCUUCAGGACUUAUUCUUAUAUUGUGCUUUUAAGUAUAUUAAUUUCAUUUAAUGUGUUUUUGCAUAUUCUCUUCAGUAACAUGACAAAAAAAAAA